AUGCCUGACGUGAGCAUCCCUCCCCGCUGGUCUUUGCCGAACUGCAUCUAUGCUCUUGGUUUCGCCGUCCCCAGCGUCCGGAUUUGCUGCGGGAGAGGCGACAAGCCAUCCGAGGUUGAGGGCUUCCCGCAGCGCUCCUGGCAUAUGGAGCUUUGGCUCGUCAGUGACAAGCCUGAAAACAAGGGCGCUUUGAUUCCCGCGAACGUCUUUGACAAGGUUACCUUCAACUUGCACCCCAGUUUCGGUGCCCGUGCUACUCAAGUCUUCAAGCAGCCGCCUUUCCGUAUCCAAGAGGAAGGAUGGGGUGAGUUCGAGAUGACCAUUGACCUCACGGCCGACAAGACCUACACUCUCUCCCAUGAUCUGAACUUUGCCUCGAACCGCUAUGAAUCCAAGCAUGUGAUCACUUUCAAGAACCCCAAGCCCGCUUUGUUGGCUCUGCUGCGCGAGUCGGGCCCCGUCCCCGGUGAUGAAAAUGGUGCUAUCAAGUCUAAGCGCCCCGGUGUUGGCGAAGAGAGCGCUAAGAAGAAGAAGCGCGCUGAUAAGAAUGUCGACAUGGACAAGCUUGCCGACGGACUCCAGAAGCUGAACGAGGAUGAUCUCCUACAGGUCGUACAGAUGGUCCAAGACCAUAAGGCACCUGAUUCUUACACAAAGAAUGAUCUCGAGCUAGGGGAAUUCCACGUGGAUCUAUACACCCUUCCCGACGCGCUGGUCAAAAUGCUGUGGGACUUCACGGCAGACCGAGUUGGCCUGUAA